AUGCACAACGCUGCAUCCAACUACGAAAACAAUAACAAACGCAACUAUCUGGCACCACCACCGACGACCACCCGCCCGCUGACUCCUCCCGACUCGGACACCUCGCUCUCGCCCCGUGUCAACAAAUCCGAACUCCCGCCGCCCGUGUCGCCCAAACGCACGAAACAACGUCCGCUCCCCGCCGGUGUUGCUUUCCCUGCCAACGGUGACGACUACACCUCUCCUUCCGACGCGGAUCUCGCCCAACGCCAACGCUACCGCUCUACCGUCUCUGUCGGGCCACCUUCGCCAUCGCAGUCGCUGCGCAAGAAGAUUGAGAAUGAGCUUUCGAGGAAGCGUCCCGGCGGUGGCCGCGGACCCAGCGAGCCCCAACACCGCCAGGAGUCGAGCUUCCUGAAGCGCCCGUCCAGGCGUCACCAGAAGGGCACCGUCGCCGGUCUCCGUCCCAGCCCGGCGCUCACUGUGCCCGAGGGCAUGAGCAUUGCCGACGCCUCGCAGCUCUGUGCCGCCAAGCGCACCGACUGUGUGCUCGUCGUCGACGACGAGGAGGGUCUCAGCGGUAUCUUCACCGCCAAGGACCUCGCCUUCCGUGUAACUGCGGAUGGCCUCGACCCUCGUACCACUACUGUCGCCCAGAUCAUGACGAGGAACCCCAUGGUUACGCGUGACACCACCUCUGCGACUGAGGCUCUCCAGGUCAUGGUCUCUCGCCACUUCCGUCACCUUGUGUUCCACGACGCUCUCGCCAAGGUCGAGCGCAGCUCCUCGGCUACGAGCCAGCUGUCUAUGGCGCUCGCCGGCGUCCAGACCGAACUCGGCCCGAACCUGACGGCCAACCCUCAGGCUGCUGCCAUGAUGGCCUAUGUCGAUGCCCUCCGUGACCGCAUGGCGCAGCCGGACCUGACAUCUGUCCUGGACACGAGCCUUCCUCCCCCGACUGUCACGCCUCGCACGUCUGUCCGCGAGGCUGCGCGCCUCAUGAAGGAGCGCCGCACCACGGCCGUGUGCGUCCUCGAGCCGAACGGAACGAGCGUCAUGUCGGGCGUCAGCAACAACGGCGUCCCCCCGAAGAUUGCCGGUAUCUUCACGUCCAAGGACAUUGUGCUCCGUGUCAUCGCCGCCGGUCUCGACUCGUCGCGCUGCAGUGUUGUCCGCGUCAUGACGCCGCACCCCGACACUGCUCCCCCCGACAUGACUGUGCAGGACGCGCUGAAGAAGAUGCACACGGGACACUACCUGAACCUGCCCGUUGUCGAGUCUGACGGACGCCUGCUGGGCAUUGUCGACGUACUCAAGCUGACGUACGCGACCCUCGAGCAGAUUGACACGAUGAACGACGACCGAAGCGACGCGGGGCCGAUGUGGAGCAAGUUCUUCGACACGCUGAACACGGCGGGCGGUGAUGACGAGUCGCACAGUGCCAUCUCGGGCGCGAUCCCCGACACCCCAAGCAAGGUCGGCCACCAGCGCGCGCUCUCGAACGCGACCUCGCCCAUGUCCGAGGUCAUGCCUGGCGACAGUGCGUCGGUUGUGAACGAGGUGAACGACGGCAUCUCGGACCUUGGCAAGGGCAACACGUCCUCCCUCGCGCCUGCCCUGCCCGUGGACGACGGCACGUACGUGUUCAAGUUCAAGACGCCCUCAGGACGGGUGCAUCGCUUCCAGGCCCGACACGACAGCUACGAUCUCCUCCGGGACAUCAUCCACGGCAAGCUGCAGAGCGACCCCUUCUUCGACGAGCCGACGGAUGGGCGUCCGGCGGCCGAUUCCUCCGUCUUCACGAUCGCGUACACGGACGACGAGGGCGAUCUCGUCCAGAUCACGGCCGACGGCGACGUGCUCGACGCGGUCAACACGGCGCGCGGGCAAAAGACGGACCGCGUGACGCUCCUCAUCAACGGCGGCAAGAAUUGGGAGGAAGCGGCGCGCAGCGCCGGCGGCGAGGACGCAGUCGAGAAGCUCAAGGUCGCCGAGACGGUGCCGGCCGCCAAGGGCGAGUCGCACUUGCUCGACGAGGGCGCGGACCCGGCGCACGCGGCAGCCUACGGCGCCAAGGGCGUGCAUGCCAAGCCUGGGUCCGAGGAGCUCAUCGGAGGCGUCCUCCCCAAGGACCUGGCGCUGCCGGCCGCCAUUGGGUUCCUCGGCGUGGUCAUCCUCGGCGUCUUCAUUGCGAGCAGGAAGAGCAAUUAG